CGAUAGUACGCACAGUUAAACCUAUCGACAAUCGAUAACGUCGCGGUGUCGUGCGUAAGUGAUGGCCAACUCUAGCUGGAUGUAACGAUUGAGAAUUGAGAAUAAUGGGCGACUUAAGCUGGAAAGAUUUCUUGACACAGGCCAAGCAGUUCCUUGAAAUUUCCCAGAAGUUGGGUGAUAAUUGGGUGUUGGAGCAAAAGGACUCGAAUGAACCAAACACCUACCUCAAAUGUAGUCAAAAGAUUAAAGGUCAAUGUGGCAAGAACGCAGGAGACUUGGUUAGUGUAGAGUAUCAUGUGGUCUUCAGUGUUUCCUAUCAAGUACCAAUGUUGUUUUUCCAGGCACACAGAUCAGAUGGAAGCCUUCUGGAUGUCGAGGCCACUUGGAAAAUGUUCAUGCCCGAAUCAAAGGCCAGCGAUCUCCACCAGAUACUCACCCAGAUGGAUCAUCCCGUGCUCUUCAGACCUUACAUGGCACUGCAUCCAUGCCGCACCGCCGAAGUGCUAAAGCAGUUCGGAAAGCCCAGCUGCAACCAGGUGCUUUCCUUCAUCAGCCUUUACGGACCCCAUGUGCAGUUGCACCUGCAAAAUGCCUACGGCUUAAGCCAAGAGUAUACGUAAUUUGAAUUUAUUGGUGGUUGUUUUAAACACUGGUUAUAGGAGUAUACAUGUAUGGAUAAUAUGGCCUAUGCACUUUACAGUUUUACAUUGCAUUCCCUAUUUUAAAGUGGUUACACCUUUUACACCUUAACUUGAGAACAUUAUGGGACCCCAUCGCCCCCAGUGAUUGGCACAAGUGAAUAUCCAAAUGGCACAGUGCUCAUGGCGAACUGCUGAGGGGCAUAGGGUUAUAGCGUGUGACACCUAAAGCAGCACAUCAGUGGAUAAUUCAAGUUGAAAAUUAAAAACUACUGCGCCUACGAAAAGAA